AUGUCAAAGCAGGAGAUUCCGGUAAUUGGUCUUCAGUUGACUGUAUAUGGUCUUGAAGAGUACAAGGCACUUGAAAAACCAAUACCGGUGGCGGUAAUGUUUGCUCUCCAUGGUCGUGUUCAGAACAUGACAAAGAUGGAUCCCAUUUGCCAAGCAAUCUGCAAACUCAAUACAAACCCCUGCAAAAAAAGACACAUAAUUGUGGUUGCAUUCGACCACCCCAACCAUGGCAGUCGAAAAAUUCAUCAUCUUUCCAAUUAUGGAUGGUCCGAGAAUGGAUAUGCCAACCCCAACCAUGCUAUGGAUAUGUGGUCUAUGCUAUACAACUCUGCCCGAACUGUUUCUGACCUUGUGGAUGUAUUGGAGCAUUACCUUUUUGGUCCACAGUAUGAAUCAAGAGUCCAGGUCUGGGGCGUUGUUGGAUUUUCUAUGGGUGGACAUGCAAGCAUCUUGGCAGCAGCCCAAGAUCCAAGACUGACUGUCUGUAUUCCCAUUGUCGGAACUGCUGAUUUCUUGGGACUGAUGGAAAGACGUCUCCAAGAAACAGACUUGUCAGCCCAUGCCCAUCUUCCCAAACCAUUUUGUGAAAUGGUCAAGCAGAGAACAGCCAACCUUGAAAAUCACCUCAGCUCUACCAAGCUGCUCAUGAUCAGUGGUCAAAAAGACAAACUAGUUCCGCCAUCUUCCAACGACGCAUUUAUCAGUCGUCUCUCAAAGGUACAUCGUGGCAAGGAGAACGUCGAUUGGAAAUGCGUAAUUGUUCCAGGUGUAGGGCAUGAAUGGUGUCCAGAAAUGAUUGAUAUGAGUGUAGAAUGGUGCGACAAAUGGAUGGUCCAUACAUUACCACCCAAUAAACUGUGAACAGGAUUUCUUGAUAGAUAGAUAGAUACAUAUAUCUUUCAAGUUUUAUUUAUUUAUUUAUUGAUUUUAAUAUGUUUCGAUAUAUACACGUAUUCCACAUGGACCAAUUGUAUAAAUGUGUAUACAUAUAUAUAUGUG